AUGAAAGAAGCAAUAGUGAAGAAAGACAUCUCGGUCGACAUUGUCGAUUCUCCUAUCCCGAAGCCCGGACCUGGUCAUGUGCUAAUUAAGGUCGUCAUCGCGGGAUCCAACCCGAAGGACUGGAAGGUCCCUGCCAUGCGCGGCUCUGAGAUGAACAGCGGUGACGACAUUGCCGGCACCAUCGAAGCCGUGGGACAGAAUGUCGUCGGAUUCCACAAAGGCGAUCGUGUGGCUGCCUUCCACGAGAUGAGGACCUCUCACGGCGCGUUCGCCGAGUACGCUGUGGCGCCCUAUUACACCACCUUCCACAUACCUGACUCGACAUCGUAUGAGGAGGCUGCCACAAUUCCAUUGGCGGCCUACACGUCCGUCUGCGCGCUCUUCCAGGAGCUUGAGAUUCCCGAGCCCUGGUCGCCACUCGCCAAGGCCGCGGCAAAGAAGGGCACCAAGAAUGCUCUCAUCAUCUAUGGGGCCAGUACAGCCACGGGAGCCUUUGCUAUCAAGCUUGCUGCGGCCGCCAAUGUUCAUCCUCUCAUCGCAGUGGGAAGCAAGCGGAGCGCCUUUAUCAAGCCCUUCCUCGACGAGAGCAAAGGAGAUGCCCUCGUCGACUACACUGCUUACUCAACAGAGGAAGAGUUGAUUGCGGCCAUCCAGGAAGCCGUCAAGAAGGGAGGCGCUCCCGAUGGCCGCUGCUGGAAGGCCUAUGAUACCGUUUCCGAGGACGAAACCGUCAGACUUCUCACCAAGGUCAUUGCCGGCCCGCCGGACGCUGCUGGGCAGAGGCCAAAAUUAACGAACAUUUUCAUGAAAACUGAUGUUGAGGGCUCUGACCCGAGUGUUGAUCUCGUCUUCUCUAUGGUUGGCCAGGUCCACUACGAAGACGAGAAGGACAAGCUCAUUGGCGUGACAUGGGGCGCCGCAUUUUCUCGGGGUCUUCGCGAAGGUUGGCUCACCAGCCACCCCUACACGGUAGGCAAGAACGGUCUCCAAAGCUUGUCCGAAGGCUUAAAAGGCCUUAAAGAGGGAAAGAUUCGCGGCCAGAAGUUCCUGACUCGCAUCGCGGAGACACCUGGUGCAAGCGCUUAA